AGGGGAGUAAGUAGGCUGGAAACUACCCGGAUGAAUAAUACAUGCCAUCGUGAAACUAUGUGGAAAUGGGGUAGUGGAGAUGAUUCUCCUUCCAAAACAGUAGCCGCAGGCUCACAAGAUGCAAGCAGCAUGUCGGUGACAGACUUGACUGAACAGCUGACAAGCACUGAACAGCUGGUAACACAGCUAAAGGAGCUUGUCAGAGAGAAGGAUGCUGAGCUUCGAAAUAAAGAUGUUCAGUUAAAGGAGGAGAAGGAAUCCGCUGAUGCCAAACUUUCCAAGUUGAAACUGCAAAACAAAGCCAAGGUUGCAUCAUUAACCUCACAGUUGGAAGAACUUAAGAAACAGUUAUCAGUAUCAGGAGGCUUAGAGGCCAAAGCAGAACAAAAAAAGGCAUCAAAAGACGGUGACCAGGAAAAUGCUGCGGCAAAUCGUGGGAAAAUAUUAGUACUGAGAAGGAGAAUAGAAGAACUAGAAUCCCAGAUCACACAAAAAAAUGAAGAGUUACAAAAAAAGAAUGUUGAACUGGAGGCCCAGCGCUGUCGUGGGGCUGAAAUGGAUGCCAUGCUGGCAGAGAAAGAAAAGAAGUUAGCUGAAAGAGAUGCUUAUAUCAUCGAUUUACAGAUAGCGUGUGGAUCAAGUGGUGUUGCCAAUGAAAUACUCUUGCCCAAUGAAGAACUGAAGAAUCAGCUGGCUGUUAAAGACUCAUCACUACAAAGCAUGCAGAUUCUAGUUCAGAACCUUACCAAGAAGGUUGGGGACAGUGAAGAAAAAUGUAGCUUGUUCCAGGAACAGAUUGAGAGUCUUAAAAAGCUUCAGAGCAAAGAAAGAGAGCGUUUCCAAGGAAAAGAGGCUACAUAUAUGGAAAAUGUACGUGUGUUUCAAAAUAUUAUCCAGGAAAAGGAAAAGGAACUGGAAGCACAGAGAGAAAAGCAUGAGCAGGAGCUCUUUAAAUUAGCUGCUAAAUCUGAUGCAAGUGCUGACCUAGAACAGCUACUAAAGGCCUUGAAACAAAAGCUCCAUGAAAAGGAAGAAGUCAUGCUGGGAAGGACACAAGUGAUAGAUGUCUUGCAAAAAGAACUGGAUGCCAAGGACCAGCAAUUGAAAGAGAUUAAUGAAAACCUGAAACGUCUUCUGUCUGAAAAAGAAAACCUCCAGUCUAAACUGGAUGCUGAGAAACAUGUAAUGAGAGCCCAGUUAAGGGACAUGAUGGAGAAACAUGAGCUUGAAAUGACAAAAGUUAAGGAGAAAUAUAAUGCUGAACUGCAUGAAAUUCAAGAGAAACAUGAAACUGAGCUACAAGAGAAAGAUCAGGCCCUGUUUCAGCUUAAGAAACAAGUGGCAGAAUUAAGUGGUAGUGGACAGACUAACUCAAAAGAAGUUAGAGAUCUGGAGUCUGUAACCAAAGAGAAGAUGGAAGAUUUAGAAGCACAAGUGAAAUUGAAAACAGAAGAGGCCAGCAAAUCUGAAGCAAAGUUUCUGAAAAUGAAGGCUUGGUCUAAAUCAAGAAUCAAACAACUGGAGGAUGAACUAAAAAAUUUUUCAUCAAAGAAUAAUGAUGUAUCUGCCUUAAACAAUCGUGUCUCAGAAUUAGAAAUUGAAAAUGAAGAACUACAGUCAAAACUGCAAUCGUUACAUGAAAUCAGAACUCAAAAUGAAGAAUUGCUGACUAAGCUGGAAGUCUAUGAAGAGCAGCAAAGGAAGUUGCAAGCUGAUCUUGACCAAGUUACAAAGAGGGCAGCUUCACAGGCCAGUGAAUCAGGUAGCGUGGAUGAAUUGCAGAGUCAGCUCUUGGAAUGGCAAGAAAAUGUACCAGAGUCAGAGGAGUCCCGUGAUCAAGUCAGAGAAGAGAAAUCUGCUAUGGCCUUGAGAAUGGCUCAGAUUGAGGAGGAGAGAGAAGAACUGAUUGAGGAUGACUGGUUCUUUCCUGGCUGCUCCGAUCCAGCCAUAGUCUCAGGGCAACAGGAGCUGGAGGAGGAACUGACCACAGUUCAAGGAAUGGGCAGGCUGCAGCAGGCAAGAAGAAAAAACAAUCAGACCAGCAGGAAGCUUCAGGAAGAAUACAGCUUUGAUAGAAAACAAUGCUUUCAAGAAUUGAACGUCACCUUGGAUAGCACUGAUUCAGCUGAAGGAGAAAAUAUGGGAGGUUGGUGGCCAGAGUACACUUCACCUAAUGCAGGUUUGCGGAGUGUGGUUGAAGAGUUGGAAUUGGAAAGAAAUCAACUGCAGGAACAAAUUCUUUUUCUAGAAGAGCGUUGUCAGGAUUUGGAAGAUAGAUUGCAGCUUCAAGGUAGAAUGGAGGCUCUUCAGGUAACGUUUGGUGUAGAUGAAGAAGGGCAGCUAUUGAGGGCGGUACAGAAUGAAAAUGAACGUUUGCAAAUUCAACUCACCCAAUUACGCACCCAACAAAUGCGAGAUGCGGAAAAGCAUCAAAUUCUGAUCUCUGGCUUGAAUGAAGAGCUUAAAGGAUUAAGUGACAGAAAUAGCUUCCUUGAAAAUUCACUUGGAGAAAAAGAACAAAAACUGUUGAGCAUGACAGAAAAACUGGAACAAAUUGAAACUUUGAGGAGACUGCUUCAAGAAAAGGAUCUUCUGAAUAAAGAGCUUGGUGAAAAGUUUGUGCAUACUGAGCAAAAACUGAAUGAAGCCUUAAAGAAAUGCAGUGCGUAUGAAGUGGAGAACACUGAGCAGAAAACAGUCAUCGGUGAUCUAACAGAAAAAGUUGCUACACUGAAGGAAAAGACUUUGAAACAAGAUGGCGUGGUAGAGUCGAUGCAGCUGGAUCUGGACCAGACGAAUGAAGAGCUUGACAAAUUGAAUACAAGCCAUUUAGAGGAAAGAUCUCAACUUAUUCAAGAUCUCCAGAAAUGUGAAAGAGAAAUUGAUAAUCUUAAAGAAGCACUGGGAGAAAAAGACAGGGAGAUGUCUGUCCUGUCUUUGAAUAUGACAGAAUAUUCUGAACAAGUUAUCAUCCUGAAGCGUCAAAUACAAUGCAAAGAGGAAGAAAUACGAGGAAUGGAAGAGGCUUUAUCAAAGGCUGAAAGGGAAACUCAUUUGCUGAAAGAAGUACAAACAGCUGAUGUAAGAGAUGCAAGCAUGAAGAUAUCUGUCCUUUCUGAGCAGAGUAAUACAAUGAGACUAGAGCUAGAGAGAGUUAGAGUUGAGAAUGAAGCUAAAACCAAAGAAAACGAGGAAUUAAUAAGACAAAGCAGUGAGAACAGCAUUACAAUUAAGGAUCUCCGUUCUGAAAUCAAGGCCAACAGUGUUGCAUACCAUAACAAACUUGCAGAGUGUGAGUCACAAAUUACUUUGCUGAAAGAACAAAUUAGUAAAUCAUCUGAAAAGCUACAAGAAACCGAGGAUAAACAAAGAAAAGAAACUGAAUAUUUGAAAUCUCAGCUUGAGGAAAACAAUACUCUAAAGGAAAAAUGGAACAAUUUGCUUAAAGAGAAAGAGAGUAAAGCAGAGACACUUGAAAAUGAGUUAAAAUCAAUUAAAGAUUCGUACAACAAGCUGGUUUUGGAAAAUGCUAAAAAAGAUGAAGAGUUGGCUGAGUUAUCUGGGAAGCUUAUAGAACAUACUGAACAUCAGGAAACAAUUAAAAAAGAAUUACAAGAGAAACAAGAGUUCAUUAUUUCAUUAGAGCAGAAGCUUGGGGUUUUGGAGCAGCAAAAUGAAGAAACUAAACUUAAAUUAACUGGAGAUCUGAAAGCCAAAGAGACAUGUUGCGAGGAACUUAAUAACCAAUUAAAUGAAAUACAUAAACAAAUGAACAAAGUGGAAAUAGAGACGUGGGAGAAAGCUUCAGCUAAUAAGCAAUUGCAGGCAGAUCUUGAAGGGAAAGAAGAAAAAUUGGCAGAGCAAAUAAAAGUAAAUGAAUAUCUGAGAAAAAGUAUAGAUAUGGUGGCAAAAGAGAAGGAACAGCUGAUCAGUGAAAAUGAGAAUUUGUCCAAACUCCUGGACGUAAAAGAGUGUGAAUUGUUAAAGAAAAUCCAGGCUCUGGCAGAAAUAGAGAAUAAGUUAUCUGUUAGCACUGCUGAGUACGAAAAAACUCUUUCAGCACUAAAUUGUGAUAAAAACACUCUGGCAAAAGAGAUUGAACAACUUUCACUACUUGCUAAGCAAAAAGAAAAUUCAGUUGCAGAACAGUUGCAGGAGAAAACAAAGGAAUAUAAUGUGCUAGCUGAUCAGUUGUUUGAAAGCAAGGAACAGACACAGCAGUUGCAUGAACAAAUGCAGUCACUUCUCAUUCAGCUGAAGGAUACUAGAGACAAAGAAAUAAAGAAAGAAGAAAUGUUAAAUAAUAAGUUAUCUGAAUGCAGUAGCCUAACCCAAGAGCUCAGCCAUAGUAAGGAAAAGAAUUUACUACUACAGCAACAAAUGCAAAGUGUAACUUUGGAUUUUGAAACUGCAAACAGGUCUCUAGAAGAGAAGAUCCUUCAAAAUGAUUCAUUACGUAAGGAAAUGGAAGAGAGUAAGCUUUGUAUUGUAGAGCUGCAGGAUGAAGCGAAAAAUCUUAAAGAUGAAAAAACAAAGUUAUCUCAGUUGGUAGAGGAAAGAGACCUGACUGUAAAAAGUCAGGGUUCAGAACUUGAGAAGUUUCGUAGGCAAGUUUCUGAAAAAAUGGAAGAAAGUACAGUGUUAAAUAAUCAGCUACAGCUAUUAAGCAAAGAAGUGGAUGUGCUUAGGCAUGAAAAGGAGGACUUUUCAAGGUUAUUGAGCGAGAAGUCACGUGAAUGUGAAUUUCUUCAGUCACAGUUGGUACAGCAACAGUCCGAAGUUACUUCGGCAAGGCAACAAGCACAUACAGCAGCUCUAGAAAAUGAAAAAUUGAAAGUAGACAUUGAAACAGUUAAUGUUAUGGUAAUGAAGAAGUCAGACGAAGUAGCUGCUUUAACGUCACACUUGUCCCAACAAAGUCAUAAUAUUUUAGCUCUGAAGGACCAAAUUGAUGGCCUGUUGAUUGAAAAAGAAAACUUAAAAAUUGUCUUUGAAGAAAAAGAAACUCUCCUUUCUGAAAAGGAGGCUCUGAUUCAGCAAAUGAAAGAUAGUAAAAUGGCAGGAGAAGGGCAGUAUAUGCAAAUCAUUUCAGAUCUGCAAAACCAAAUACAAGCCCUAGGUUUUGAAACCAGCCAGCUUAGACACUCAAUGCAGGAAAAAGAAAAUGAAUUUAAGAGGCAAGCCCAAGAAUUAAAGUUAUUAAAAGAUAAAUCUGAAGAGUCUGAUGUACUUAGGGUUCAACUGUCUGAGAAUAUGGAGGUUAUUUCUGACCUUCAAUAUCAGCUUAAAAAUGUGACAGAAAAAUCAUCCCAGUUGAAUGAUUCAAUUAUACAGAAGGAUGAAGCUUUAAAACAAAAGUUAGAUGAAUACAUCAGUUUAAAAGCACUGCUUUCUGAGGUACAGGAAUCUUCUGUUUUGCGGGAGAAACAGUUAGAGCUUUUAGCCUCUGAAGCAGAACAAUUAAAAGUACUUGUUUCAGAAAAAGAAUUAACCGUCAACAAUAUUUCAUCAUUCAGUGAGAAUUUAAAGACGCAACUUCAAGAGAAAGAGAAUGAAUGUGAGGUCUUAAAGAAACAGGUGUUAGAGCUGGAGGAAGUGAAAGUAAAUUUACAAAAAGAAAUACACCAUCAGAAGAAUGUAAUAAAUGAGAUGGACCAGUCCUUAUCAGAAAAGGAAUCAUCUCUUAUAGAAAAUAAAGGUCUCCUCAAAACUCUGAAGGAGAAAGCAAGGAAAGAUGAAGAGAAGACAAAUUUAAUUUCUCAGCUCCAAAGUCAGGUACAUGAACUAACACAAGAACUACAAAAAUCUAAAGAAUUAGUCCAUGAGAAAGAAAAUGCAUUUUUAGCUCUUCAGGAGAAAAUUGAAGCACAGUAUGAACUAAGAACUGAGUUGAAUGCAGCUCUUGGGAAAAAAGAAGUUGUUAUUGCUGGACUGCUUAAUUCUUUGAAGGAGAAAGAUACCAGUAUGCAGUUGGCAGAUAGCAACGUUAAUGUUCUUUCCAGUGAGAUUGAGGUUCUCAGAGAAAAAUUAGAGAAAAGUGGUACAGCCAUGAAAAACCUUACUAAGGAAUUUCAGGAAAAGAAUGAGAAGCUUGAUACUAAUCAGAAGAAAAUUGAUUCUUUGACUGUUGAACUUGACUCUCUUAAAAACGAACACCAAAAAGCAUUAGACCAAAUAAGUACAUGGGAAGAACAACUACAGCAAAAAGAAUUGGCUGUGGAAUCUCUGCGUGUGAAGUGCACUGAACAGGCAGAUAACAUAGCAAGUUUGAAGUUAGAGUUGAACAACGUAAAUUCCAAAUCAUCUCAAGACUGCCAUGACAAUGCGCUUUUAAUAGGUAGUCUACAGUGUCAGGUAGAGUCUUUAGAGAAAGAAAAACAUGUGUUACGAGAAGAUGCUGAUAAACUGAUGGCUGAAAACACACAACUUACUGCAUCUCAAAAUCAUUUGCAAAAGAAAUUGGAAGAGCUCCGAGAAAUCAAUGAAAGACUAGAAACCAGUGAGAAUUAUUCAAGAAUGCAGAUAGAUGCUGUCAAACUGCAGAUGAAGACUGAAAAAGAGAAGUUACAGAUGCAGGUUAGUGUGAAGGGUGAAGAACUUUCUAAAUUAGAACUUAAAUUUGAAACUCUAGAACAAAGUCUACUUGAGUCAGAAAACAAACGGGUGACAGAACUUGAUAGGGCAACUUUACAAAAUAAUAUUCUUACUGAGCAACUGAGCAGUUUAGAAAGUGAAAUGAAAUCAAAGGAUAGCAAAAUCCAGUCUUUGCAGCAAGAGCUGAAUCUUAUAAAAGAGGAAUUAACUCAAAGCUUAUCUCCAUUACUUAGUAGUAGGCUUUUAUGUAAAGAAAAGAAGGCACAGACUUCAGAUUCUGAACUGCAGCUAACUGAUAGUAAAAUUCAGCUGGAAAAAUUCUCCACUCUGAUAACCACUAUUUUGAGCAAAGAAACAGAAGGAGAACAAUUGCAACUGGUGCUUUUAGAAAAACAGAAAGAAAUAGACAUCAUGAAAGAUGAAUUAAAAAGGAUGCAGUCACUUGAGAAGCAGAAGGAGUUGCUGCAUAAUGAUAUUGAAAAGAUGAAGGGUAAAUACGAAUCUGAAAUUGAAUGUCUGUCAGAAGAAAUGGUCACAGUCAAGGAAACAUUAUGUAAACAACAGUCUCUCUUGCAAGAAAGGGAAGAGUCUUUUGCAGAAAUAAAUAAGCAGGUUGAAUGUCUUCAAGACAAGAUAAAUAAAUCAGAAGAAAUAGUAAGAACCAGUCAAGAAAAACUGCAUGUUGAAGGUAAAAAAGUAACAAGUCUCCUUGAAGAAAUGGGAAAAAAAGAUCAACUUAUCGAAAACUUAACUUCCCAGGUAAAUCAGCAGAAGGAUUUAAUUUCUGGUCUGAGCCAGCAACUGAAAGAAAAAGACUGUUCUGUUACCCAGAUCAUGGAAUCAUUGUCUAAUGAAAUGCUGAAUUUUUCUGAAGAGAGAAAUACAUUAAAUACCAAACUGCAAGACCUUGAAGCUGUUAAUAAUAGUUCUGUAGGAGAACUAAACCGAGUAUUGCAGGAACUUGAGGUUUGUAAGAAAGAACUGGAACACAGUCAGGUUACCUUAAGCAGUAGAGAAGCUGUGUGUAAAGAUUUAAUGAAUGAAAAAGAGGAGAUGCAGUUUAAUCUUGAGAAAAUGAGCAAGGAAAAAGAGAAUCUGAAAAAGAAACUUCAAGCAGCAUUGAUAAUAAGAAGAGAUCUAAUGCAAAAAGUUGGAAAACUAGAAAAGAGUGGACAGGAAGAAAUAGAAAAAGAGCAGAAAAAAGCAGAGGAGUUGUUGAAGAAAGUUAAGGAGUUGACAGACAAGCUGAAACUAGUUGAAGUACAAAAUAAAGAUUUUGAGUCUCAUCUUGCAACUUUGAAGCAACAACUUUUAGAAAAAGAUACCAAAAUAAGUGAUUUGACUGAAAUUUUGUCUGCAAAAGCCUCUUAUGUAGAGGAACUUCAGGACAAUAUUGCAGAACUAAAUGAUGUCAUUGCUGAAAAACAAAAUGUAUGUGAGCAGAACCUAAAAUCUUUAGAGGAAAAGGACUGCAUGCUUGCUCGUACGCAAUCUAUGCUCGAUGAAAACGCAAGUGCAUAUGAAGAGGAACGUUCUCAGCUGCUCUUAGCUCUUGAAAAGGCCAAGUCUGAAGUAAAGAGGAAGGAAGAAUUGUUGAAAAAUUCCAGUUCAGAAGAGCCUGAUUUAAGUGCUGGGGACAGGAAGAAGUGUCUGGACCCCAACAGUGACAUUAAUGUCAUGAAUCAAUUAAAAAAAGAAAAAGAAGCCUUAGAGAGGGAGCUUUUGGUCAGGACAGAAGAUAUGAAAAAAAUUCAGAAAGAAAGGGAAGAGCACACUAAACUUGCAGCAGAUUUUGGUGAACAAAAGAACUACCUUGAGAAUCUCAAACAAGAACAUAAAGCGCUCUGGGAAUACCCUCUAGGGAAGGAGCUGGCUUCACCUAAGGCAGUGCUGGGAGAAGAAGCAGCUGACCUAAGGAAUUUGGAAUCAGACAAACGAAGUAAGGUUCAGGUUGCAUGCUUAAAAGAGGCAGAAAAUGUGAUCGCUUCAGUGGCAAGUAAAGACACUGAGUUAAAAGAACUAAGAAGCAAUUAUGCAAAACUUCAGGAGGAAACAGAAAUAUUAAAGAAAGAGUUGAGAAAAAUAUCAGUUGAAUUUAGUGAUGAAAGAGAAGAAACAGUCAGCUUAAACUCUUUGAGACAGCAGGAGCAGUACCAGGAGCAAUAUAAGGGCAGCUUGUUGGAGGACAUAAAGCAGCUACAGAAAAAACUGAAAGCAUACGAGGCUGAAGCUAUAGACGUUAAGACAGCGCUUGAACAUGUGAAUAAUGAGAAAGAAGCACUUAUUAAAAAAAGUGAAGAGGAUUACAAGAUGAGCCAGGAGAAACUGCAGAGAUUGAGAAUUGAAGCUAAGAAGGAGGUUGCAGAAAAGAAUGAGGAAAUAGAAGCAUUGCGUUGUUCACUUAAGGAUUACAAAGAUAAACUUGAUCUCGAAAAGGAAUUAUUAAACGAAGCGGUAAAGGAGGGCAAAGAAGCAGCCCACCAUUACAAAACAGCAUUUGAAGAAAUGAAGAGUGAGAAAGAGAAACUUGUCAGUUGUUUAGAAAAGUCCAAUUUGGAACUAAUUAAUAUGAAAAAGGAAGUAAAACAUUUCAGUGAAGAAAACAAAAAACUACUGACAGAGCUAUGUAUGCUACGUGAGAAGGCUGAGAUGAGUAGACCUGUGGGGUCAUGCAAAGAGCUUAAGGAAGAAGAUGAUACUGAAAAAGAAUUGGGAGAGUUUUGUUCGGAAAGUAGUUCCCUUCAAGGGAAGUUGCAAGGUAAAGGCGCCUGUUUUCAACUGUCAGAGAGUGAUUACUCCGGGAAAGCUAAACUGAGAGAAGCAACAGAAUGUCAAAUCCAGAAACAAAUGCAAAUGAUUGAAGCGCCGCUGGCAAAAACUGCAAAUGUAAAUGAUUCUAAACCACAAGAGCAAAGAACUAUAGCAGAAGAGAAGUCCAGAGAGCGCCUUCAGAGAAAAUUACAGGCGGCUUUAAUAUCACGUAAAGAAGCCCUGAGAGAAAAUAAAUGUCUAAAAGACCAGAUUGAUAAGCUGAUGUUGGAAAGAGAAGAACUGGUGAACAAGACAGGGAUGCUUGAACACUUGUUAGAGCUUGGUGGAGAAAAACAAAGUUCAAGUACUGUUUCUCCAUUGUCUGAAGAGGAGAGCCUUGUUUCUGAAAAUGCUAGGCUGUUGACUGAAAACGAAAACCUCACUGCGGCAUGUGAAAGUCUUAAAUCCACCAUGGAGACCAUAGUUCAGGAAAAAGAGGCCUUUUCUUUCCAACUAAAUACCUUAAAAGAUUCUCAGACAGUUGAAUUAACAGGAUGGAAGGCUAAACAUAGUGAAUUAAAGCAGGAGUAUGAAUCACUUCUUCAGGCGUAUGAGAAUAUCAGUAGUAAAAUAGCAGAUAUGAGGCAAGUUAUUGAUCUCAGUAGAAAAGAGAAGCAAGAGGCUAUUCAGAGACUCAGGGAAGGAGAAUCUGAGAAGGAGGCUCUUAAGAAGCAUUUACAAAAACUCAUCGAUGAAAAUGAGUCUAUUAAGAAUCAACUGAAACAACUCGGUGAAUCCAAGAAAAUGGAAGUUGACGAAUUACAAAGUAAAGCAGAAAGGCAGAUAUGUGAGCAAGAGGCAAGGAUGCAAGAAUACCAGGAUCGUCUUCAUGAACUCACUGAACAGAAUCAUCAGCUAAUGGAGGAAAACGAGCAGCUGAAACAAACUUCUGAAAAUUUAAAGCAGGCUUUAGAGAAAAUUCAGAAUGAAAAUGAUAUCCUUCACAAUAACAUCACUGUAACUAAAGCAGCUUUGGGCGAGCUCCAGGUUCAAAUGGAAGUGUACCAAAAUGAUAUGCAAUCUAAAAUCAAUGAUGCAUUAUAUGAGAAUGAAUCAUUGUUAAAGGACGUUAAUGUGUUAAAGGAAAAACUCUCUGAAAAAGAACAAGAUGUGCUUGUCCUAGAACAAGAAAGAAAAUUAAUUUCAGAAAAAGCGAAAGAAACUGAAAAAUCGUUGGACCAUAAAAAUCAUUGUCUAACAAAGCUGGACAUGGAAUAUAAAAGUCUUACACAAGAAAUUGUUAGUCUAAAUGAAAAAGUUAAGAUUUUAGAGGAUGAUAAGUGUCUGUUACAGGAAGAACUCGAAAAUGCACAGGAAAGUUCUUACAAAGUAAAGAACGAGAGAGAAUUUCUUGAGACAGAAUUGCUUAAUCAUGUUAAAAAGGUUGAUCAUCUUACUGAUAGAAUGAAAUCAGCACAGGUACAGAAUAACUUGCUGUUACAGCAACUGGAAGAAUUAAAGGCAGAAAAAUGUAACAUGAUUAGAGAAAAAGAGGAACAGCAGUUACAUCUUGUAAAAAUGUUUGAGGAGAAGGUGAAAAGUGCUCAGAGGGAUAAUAGUGGAAGUAAAAACAAAACAAAAGAAUUGCAAGAACUCUUAAAGGAGAAACAGCAGGAGAUCAACCAUUUGCAAAAGGAUUCUAUAAAGUUCCAGGAGCUGAUCCUGGAUUUGGAAAGAUCUGUGAAACUGUCACAGUCAAAAAGUGAAAAAUUUGAAAAGGACUUAAGUAAUACGUCAGAAAAGCUUGCGAAAUCAAAUGAAGAAAUACAUCAUCUCAAGGGAAAGCUUUCUUCACAGAUGAACUUGUUGGAUCAGUCAAAGAAUGAAGUGGACAGGCUUACAGAUGAGAAUCUAAAUUGGAGAAAAGAACUUAAGAAGAAAGAAGACGAACUACAAAUUCAAAAGAGAGAAUAUGAGAGAGAAUUGGGAUUUAAUCUUCAACAAUUAAAAUCGGCUCACAAAAGAGAAUUUUUGAACCUACAGGAAAGACUCGGUGCCCUUGAGAGAGAAAAAGAUAGGGCAAUUAGUGAGAUUCAUGGUUUGCAAGGGGAAGUUAGCAUUAAGGACUCUCAAAACAAGAAACUUCAAGCAGAUUUGAAUGCGGCUUUGGCACAAUUAGCUGCUUUUACAAAGUGUAUGUCCUCUCUUCAGGAUGACCGGGACAGGGUAAUCACUGAAAUGAAAACCUGGGAAAUGCAGUUCAAAGAGGCCAUCCAAAAUAAAGAGAAACAGAUAGAAGACAGUAAUAAAAGAAUAAUGUCCUUACAAGAUGAAUUGAAAGACAAAAUUACUCAGAUUCAAGAAAUGAAUAUCAAAUAUUCUGUGGUAGAGGAAACAAAGGAUGAACUGUAUUUGAGGCAAAAAUCUGUUGAUGUACAACGAUAUGAAGAGCUCUGCAGAAUAAAGGAAGAAAAUACCGUUUUUUUUAACAGGCAGCAAGAAUUGGAGAGUGUUCUUCAGUCCAAAGAAGCAGCUUUGCAAGCACUCCUUAAAGAAAAUAAUUCUCUUAGUCAUCUCGUAGAGAAUAGUAAAAGUGCAGGAAGAGAGAUAAAAGCUCUGGAAAGUAAUUUUACAAGACAGGAACAAGAACUGCAACAGCUUCUAGCUGAGAAGGAAAAAAUUAAUGCUGAAUUGCAAAAGCAGAUUACCAUUUCUGAGCAAAUGAAGAUCAUGCUAAAUAAUAAAGACAAAGAAAUUUCCUUACUCAUUUCUUCAAAAGGUGAUGAAAUUUCUGACUAUCUGAUUCAGGUACAGACUCAACAUAGAAAACAAAUCGAAGAGUAUGAACUUCGGUUAAGGUCUUUGCAGAUCAAGAGACAGCAAUCUGAGGAGUCCUGUCAGAGGAUGGAAAAUGAAUUGAGAAGUCUCCAGAUGAAAGCAGACAAAGCAGGUCAAGAUAAGGCUGCAAUUGCCGGUGAAAUAGAUGCCUUUAAAAAAUCAAUGUCAUCUCUUCAGAAUGAUCGGGAUGAUCUUUUUUCUAAAUACAAAGAGCUGGAACAUCUUCACCAAGAUGUCUUAAAUCAGCGGGACAGUCUUGUAGUUGGCAAUGCAAGUGAGAAUAAUGCUUUGAAACAAGAAUUAAGGAUACUGCUCAAUCAGAUAGAUGAUCUUCAUUCUGAAAAUGCAAUGCUAAGUGCACAGCUGAUAAAGUAUAGGGAAGAUCUGAACCAAGUUUUAUCUCUGAAAGACCAUCAGCUGAAAGACUUACUUAAGCAGAAAUUGGAUUGUAUUAAAAGCCUUGAACAAGACAAACAUGAUCUUCAAAAACAAAUAAAAGAAAUGCAACUUUCCAGUGAACUGCAGAAGGAUACUUCUGUAUCUUUGGAACAUGAAAACAAAAAAUUAAUGUCUAAAGUAAAUGAUUUAGAAUCUUUAAUUGCAUCAUUAAACAAAGAGAAACUUGUUUCUGAAUCUGGAGAGAAACUGCUAAUUAGUGAUAGUGUUCAGAAAAAAGAAUGUGUAUCAAACAGACAGUAUGGAGAAAAUCAGAAGAAGAUUCAAGAACUGCAGAAAUCAAGAAGCAGGAAUACUAAGGAUGCAGAUGAAGAAUACAGUAAGACUCUUUUGACACUUGAACAUGGAGAUGAACCUGAUGCUUUUGCAGAGAAGAUGAUACUGGAAGUUCAGUCUCAAAAUAGCGAGCUGAGGUCCCAAAAUGAGGCCUUUGGGAAAGCAAUGACUGCUCUGCAAAAUGAUAGAGAUAGGAUAAUAGAGGACUUAAAGGUACUUCAGAGCAAAUACACGUCUGAACUCAAGACUGAAAAAAAGAAAGGAGAUGAACUUGAAGCUGAAUUGGAUGGCUUUAAAUUACAUCUUAUCAGUAUGCUCAGAGAAGAUUCUCUUCUGAAUCGGGCUAUUUUUGAUGCUGCAGAUAAGGUUACGCUUGAUCAGAUUGCUGAUGAAAUUGAAAAUCUCUGUAGGACGUUAGUCAGUCGAGAGAUGGAGGUUAGCAGGCUCUCAUCUGAGUGUGGGAGUUAUGUUCACCAGAUUGAAGCGUUUUCCAAGGCUAUGGCCAGUCUUCAGGAUGACCGAGACAAAUUGCUGCAGGAACUCAGCAAUCAGAAGGUAACUUCUGAAACAAAACAGGGCACAGCUUCAUUUCCCAUUGGUUGUAACAGCAUCACUGGGAUAAAUUCUUUUAAAAGUUAUUUGGAUACGCCUCAGAACAAUAGGGAAAGUUUGGCUAAAGAAGGAGCCAGCCUUGCAGCUGUUGAAAUAUCAAAACUGAAGACCAAGAUUGAUGAUUUGGAGAAGGCAUUGCAUCAGACAAAAGCCUUCCAAGCAGAAACUGAGAGAGAGAUUGCAUCAUACCAGAAUGAGCUUGCUGGAUUAAGAAUGGAAAAAAACCUCCUCCUCUCAGAGUCCCAGGCACUGCGAAAUCAAUGUCAAAUCACAGUUGCUGAGAAAGACCGACAGAUUGCAGAACUACAGAAGCUGCAACAAGACAUAAUUGUUAAGAAAUCAGUCUCCGCUGGCAGCAGUUACCCAGUCAAGGUUUUAGAAACUGCCUCCCUUGCUGGAAGUGCAGAUGCGCCGGAGGAAAUCAAACGUGUCUUAGCUGAGAAGAAUCAGCUUCAAAAUGAACUGCAGCGCUGUCUUCAGGAGAUACACCAGAAGGAUCUGCAUUUUCAGCAGGUUAAUUCAAAGGUUGUGCAGUCAGCAGAAGAGAAUGCUGUCUUGUCUGCCCAGUUGAAGACUCUUUCGCAGACUCUAAGGGACAACCAGCUUCGUUACACUGACUUGCAAAAUCGUUAUUUAAGACUGGAGAGGGAAUAUCAGACAAUGCAAGUGGCAUCUUUCCAAGGCACUGUUCAGGAUGAAACUAGAGCAGAAGUUCCCCCUGGAGCGCCACAGGAAAGAUCUGCAAUUAUUGUUGAAAUAGACAAUAUGGAGCUAAAUGAACUCAGAAAAAGGCUUGCAGAGACUGAGCAACAAUAUGAUUCAGUGCAGCAGGCGCUCUCACAGCUGACAGAAACACUGUCAGAAGAGAAGAGGAGGAGAGAAGCUGCAGAAGAGGCUCUUGGACUCUCUGAGGAGCAAAGUAACAGAUUUGAAGUAAGCAGUUACAGGUCUGUACCUAGUGAAUACACUCUUCAGAUGGAAGCUGAGGAGGAAAGGGAAGCCUUAAUCAUCAAUCCUAGCGAACAUGUUAUUGUGCGAAAGAUGAAAGGAGGAGCCCUUUCCUUCCGAAGAUGGCUUCGAGGGCGAAGUCUUUACUGUUCUAAGCUGCUGACCUCCAGAGCAAAAUCCCGCUAUUUAUUCCUCACGUACCUAGUUACACUACAUCUUGUUGUUUUACUGUGCCUCACUGGUGUUCUCUGAAUACACUGCAUUUUCUGGGUAAAUUAUUUCCCUGUAGGUAAUGGUGUGCCAAUUGGAGAGAAUAGACUUUUCACAUGCUGCUGUUAAGCUAUGCACUGGACACAGUUGUAUAUAUUCUUGUUACACUACAUGAAUCUUGAGCUUCUUGAAAGAAAUUUGUGUAUAUCACAGUUGCUCCAAAGUUGACUUGAAUUGCUCUUUAACAGUGGAAUAUUAUAUUUGCUAAGGAGAAAAUAUUCCCCUCUGCCCUAUAAAGAAACUGCUGCAUAUGAGUUAUUUAAUAUUGUUUGUGAGUACAUAAUGAUUGAUUACUACUGAAUGGGUUGUAAAUGAUAUCUUUUCUAUAUAAAUUUUAUUUUAAGAGUUAAACUAUAAAUUUUAAAGGAAUAUUCAGCUAUUACUGUUUAUUGGCUUCUUGAUUAUAACAAGAAGUUUUAUAGAGUGCAAUAAAGGAAGAACUACUGGAUUUUUGAUUUUUUUUUUUU